UAAAUGUAAUAUUGAAUAGAUAUAAACCUUUUUUUUGUAUUGAGUUUUAUAUAAAAACAGAAUUUAUCAUUUAUACCAAAAAAAUAAAUCGGCAAAAUAUGGGUAAAUUGAACAAUUCGUUUUUGUGGGGGAUUAUUUUUGCAUCAGCAACAUGGAGCGUAUCCUUAUAUUUAUAUUGGUUGCUUAAUUUGAGUGGUGAAAAUGUUGUUAAUCUUAAAAAGGACAGGUUUCAUUACCAACUUGUAAACAGAGAAGAGAAGGAUCGUAUAAAAAACAAUGAUAAAUCUAUUGCAGCUUUAGAGGGCAAGAAUCUAUUAUACGACAGCCCUAAAGAGAAUAUUGCUAAUUAUAUGGAUAAAAAGUGGAAACAUCAGAAGGGAAUGUCUGAUUACUAUAAAAGGAAGGUAAUGUUGAGAGAUAAGUUUACAAAACAACUUGGAAUAAAAAAUAUGGCAUUACCAGAUAAAAGCUUAGAAAAUCAAGUUGGUUUGAUACAUAAUGCAGAGGAUGUUAAAAUUCGAGAUCAAGGAUACAAUUUGCAUGCAUUCAACACUCUUGUCUCUCAAAGAAUUGGAAAUCAUAGGGGAUUGCCAGAUACAAGAAAUAAAUUAUGCCGACUACAAAAAUUUCCACCAAAAUUACCUAAAGCAUCUAUAAUUAUAUGCUUUCAUAAUGAACAUUUUGAAACACUUUUAAGAUCAGUCCACUCCAUCUUAGAUCGCACUGAUCAGAAGCUCCUCAAGGAAAUAAUAUUAGUUAAUGAUUAUAGUAAUAUAACUGGUCUGCAUGAGGAGGUAAAGAAAGCAGUUGAUGAAUUAAAUAGUAAGGUAAAGAAAGAGGAGGAAAUGUUGGACACAAAUAACCUCGAUGGAGACAACAUUAUGGAUUAUAUCAAUGAUGACAAUAAUAAUAUUUUGGAUACGAAGAAAACUACAGACUCAAAUAAAAAAUUGAAAGGUUUGAAUAUAAGAUUGCUAAAAACAAGUAAAAGAGAAGGUCUUAUCCGAGCUCGACUAUAUGGAGCUGAUAAUAGCAUUGGGGAUGUUUUAGUAUUCUUGGAUUCACAUAUUGAAGUGAAUGUGGACUGGUUACCUCCUCUUCUAACGAGAUUAUCGGAAGGUGUCGAUGGUGUUAAUGUCAGGUACUCACCACGGGCUGUUACUCCAGUCAUUGAUAUUAUAAAUGCUGAAACGUUUGAAUACACUUCGAGUCCUUUAGUCCGAGGAGGUUUCAAUUGGGGACUACAUUUCAAAUGGGAUAACUUACCUAAAGGAACCUUAAAAAACGAAGAUGACUUUUUAAAGCCCAUAAGAUCUCCAACAAUGGCAGGAGGUCUGUUCGCAAUAUACAGGGAGUAUUUCAAUAACAUUGGCAAAUAUGACCCUGGGAUGAAUAUUUGGGGAGGCGAAAACUUAGAGAUAUCUUUUCGUAUAUGGAUGUGCGGUGGUCUCUUAGAAUUAAUACCGUGUAGUCGAGUCGGCCACGUGUUCCGCAAACGGAGACCUUACAGCUAUAGUGAAAAAGAAGACUUCAUGUUGUAUAACUCGAUGCGUAUGGCUCGAGUUUGGAUGGACGACUAUGUGAAUAAAGUAAUUGAGCAGAAUUCUCUAGCCGCCCAUGUGUCUGUUGGCGAUAUAUCUGAACGAGUUGCACUACGUAAGAAACUCGGCUGCAAAUCCUUCAAAUGGUAUCUCGAUAAUGUGUACCCGGAACUCGAGAUCGGCGAAAAUUCUGCCUCUAGAAAGAAAAUAGCCGCAUUGAAUGAUCCAGAGAAGAAUAAAUUCCAACCCUGGCAUUCUAGAAAACGUAAUUACACGGACUCGUUUCAAAUUCGUUUAAAGAAUACUUCUCUAUGCAUACAGAGCUCUAAGGACAUCAAAAGCCGAGGCAGCGGAUUAUUACUUGCCAAAUGUAUAAGGACUCUUAACCAGAUUUGGUUCGAGACAGAUCGCAGUGAGUUGAUUCUCGGGCGCAUUUUGUGUCUUGACGCAGUUAGCAAUGUUUCGCCCGUUAUCGGUAAAUGUCACGAACUUGGAAGUUCACAAGAGUGGAAACAUAAGGGAACGGCUGGUAGUCCUAUUUACAAUACAGCAGCUGGAAUGUGUCUUGGCGUGGAACGUCCGUAUCGCAAUGAACCCAUUCUAUUGGUGAUCUGCGACAACCAACCAGCAAAUCAAUGGGACUUCGUCAGAUCAUAAACAGAAGGUCAAUAAAAAACAUAUCAUCGAGUAGAUUCGAAAAACUUCUAAUUGCUUAACUUACAGGACUUGAAGAAAUAGAAAUUAAUGUGUAACACAAUAUCAGACCAUUCUAUGAGUUUUCCAUUUCGAUAAGAACAUAUUCCUUUCUAAGUUUCAAAAAAAUUCUGUGAUUUUGUAAAUUUUCUUUAAAAGAAGAGGAUAAGGAUUUAGAAUUUACUCGGUGAUUUUAAAUAUAAUUGAUAUUGAAUAACAAUUGUAAGUGACAAAUACAAAAGAUGUUCACCUCUACAACAUAGGGAAUAUGGCUUGAUUUGCUUAUGUAUAAUUUAAGGUGUAAUAUUAAUUAAAUUUACAUACAAAUCUUGUAGUAAAACGUUGUACGGCGGUCGUUAGUUACAGUUUAAAAUGUAACGUCUUAGUGAUAUAUAAACUGGUUUUUAAAGUUUAUUAGUUAGGUUUUAAAUGUAAGGUAUAAGGCAGUUGUGGUGGAUGUCCGAUACAGAAUAUUUAAAUAAGACUAAAAACGUGGAAUAGAUUGAAAAUCUUCUGGUCACGAUUUUUAUACAAUUUAAUGUAAGGGUUUUAUUUACUAUUUGUUAUAUUUGUUUAUUUUAUUUCUAAUGAUA